UUGGGCUCGUUGCGACGCCAAGUCCUCGCCCUGGGCAGAUCUUUGGGACGCCGCCUCCUAAAGAAGAACCCGAGAAGAGGAAGAAGGACUUGGAUAUCGAAGCGCAGGAGCUCGCUCUUUCCCGUCGGACGGGACCAAACUCCAGAAACUUUCAGGUCUUGUUUCGUUUCAUUUUCGUUUGCCGGAAGGACAGUCAUCGGGAGCUGACAUCGGGGCCCAAGACGAAGGGAGGGGGGAGGCUUGGGUAGGCGCUGGCUUGGCAGCUGAAGGAUCCCAGAAGAGCCUCACACUCCCAGCAAAGCCACCUCCACCUGACAUGCAGGAUGAAGUAGCAACGGGUUCUUCGCCUCCUGUGCCAAAGGCUGCUUUGCCCCUACCGUCCACUCCUGUGACAUCAUUGCAAACGCUCCACUGUGGACAAAUCUGCACCUUGCCCGGCCGACUCAGAAUCCAGCCCUCUCUGUGGAGCAAGGAUGAUGUGAUUCACUGGUUGCAAUGGGCAGAAAAAGAGUACUCACUCAGGGAGUCAGAUGAAAGCAAGUUUGAAAUGAAUGGGAAAGCUCUUUGCAUUCUCACCAAGGAAGACUUCAGACUCCGGGCUCCUAAUUCAGGAGAUGUUUUGUAUGAAUUACUUCAAUACAUUAAGACUCAGAGACGAGCCCUUGUUUGUAGCCCUUUAUUUAAUCCUCCCUUUCGGGAUGUGGAAUUCGCACAGACCCAAGGCACUGCAGAAGAAUGUUUGGUCGUCACUACUGGUCAUCCAAGCCACACAGAGCAACCCAGAUUGCCCACAACGAUGUUCUUCAGUCCUGGGGCAACCUGCCUUUCUCACCACAGCACUGGGGUCAUUUAUAGAGCAGAUGAAUAUUCUUUUUCUGUAACAUCACCAUCUCCUGUUAAUGGUAAAAUUGCAGAUUGCAGGUUACUCUGGGAUUAUGUGUACCAGCUUCUUUGUGAUAGCCGAUAUGAAUCAUUCAUCAGAUGGGAAGACAAAGAAUCCAAGGUCUUUCGAGUCAUUGACCCCAAUGGACUUGCCAGACUUUGGGGGAAUCACAAGAACCGUAGGAACAUGACAUAUGAGAAGAUGUCAAGAGCUCUGAGACAUUACUAUAAACUCAACAUUAUUAAAAAGGAACCUGGGCAGAAGCUCCUAUUCAGAUUCUUGAAAACACCUGAUGAAAGAAAACACGACAAAACUACUAAGUGUGAACAGCUCGAUAAUGAAGACCAGGAAGGAGAAGACUGGAAAGAAGAUGAGCUGGAAAUCUCACCAUAAACAUUUGUCAUGCAAAGGCUGAAAACGAUCAGAUGAAGGGAAUUCAUGUCCCAACAGUGCUGUUGUUUUCUGUAGCUCAAACAUGUGAAAUUAACCACCACACCUUUACUGCAAUUGCACCAGUCCAUCUCCUUUUAAUUACAGUCAAAUUAUAAGUACUCUGCAAAUGCAUUGCAGUAGGCUGCACUGAAAACAAUCCUCAGAACCAGCUGCUCACCACUGACUUCUUCAUUCCAGUGGCAUUUUCUUAUAGUUCAGACUUUUUUAAAAAACACGUUUGCACACACACUCAGAAAAAAUAUUUCAGAUAUUCAGUAAUAAAAAUUAAACACAUUCUGCAAA